GCUUCUCCGCAAGCUGUCCCCGGCAGUGGCGGCGUCGGUGGAGGGGCGGGGCGCGAGGGGCGAGCGGCUUGGGUAAUGGCAGCGCUGUGAGGACGGAGCGGGGAAGGGACCGCGGCCGCACGGCAAGGAGCGAGCGAGGGAGGUCGGCGGGUGGGCGUCGCUGACUCGGGCCCCUUGCCGCCAGGUUAACACUAAAGCCCCACAAUGUCCUUGAAACCACGAGUAGUUGACUUUGACGAAACAUGGAACAAACUUCUAACAACAAUUAAAGCAGUCGUUAUGUUGGAUUAUGUUGAAAGAGCAACGUGGAACGAUCGCUUCUCAGACAUUUAUGCUUUGUGUGUGGCCUAUCCUGAACCUCUUGGAGAGAGACUUUAUACUGAGACUAAAAUUUUUUUGGAAAACCAUGUACGCCAUUUGCACAAGAGAGUACUGGAAGCUGAAGAGCAAGUACUAGUUAUGUAUCACAGAUACUGGCAAGAGUACAGCCAAGGGGCAGACUACAUGGACUGUUUAUACAGGUACCUCAACACACAGUUUAUUAAGAAGAACAAAUUGACUGAAGCUGAUCUUCAGUACGGCUAUGGAGGGGUGGAUAUGAAUGAACCAUUGAUGGAAAUAGGAGAGCUAGCUCUUGACAUGUGGAGGAAAUUAAUGAUCGAGCCACUGCAGGCCAUCCUUAUUCGGAUGCUACUCCGAGAAAUAAAAAAUGAUCGCUGUGGAGAAGACCCAAACCAGAAAGUAAUCCAUGGGGUUAUUGACUCCUUUGUUCAUGUUGAACAGUAUAAGAAAAAAUUCCCCCUAAAGUUUUAUCAGGAAAUUUUUGAGUGCCCUUUUCUGAAUGAAACAGGGGAGUACUAUAAACAAGAAGCUUCAAAUCUAUUGCAAGAGUCAAAUUGCUCACAGUACAUGGAGAAGGUUUUAGGUAGACUAAAAGAUGAAGCAAUGCGGUGUCGGAAGUAUUUGAAUCCCAGCUCAUACGACAAAGUGACUCAUGAAUGCCAGCAGAGAAUGGUAGCUGAUCACUUGCGGUUUCUACAUGCAGAAUGUCAAAAUAUUAUCAGACAAGAGAAAAGAAGUGACAUGGCAAAUAUGUAUACUCUACUCCGUGCUGUGUCAAAUGGUUUACCUCAUAUGAUUCAGGAACUACAAACCCAUAUCCAUGAUGAGGGCCUUAGAGCAACCAGCAAUCUUUCUCAGGAAAAUAUGCCAACUCAGUUCGUGGAGUCAGUUUUGGAAGUACAUAGUAAAUUUGUUCAACUCAUCAACACUGUUUUAAAUGGUGACCAACACUUUAUGAGUGCCCUUGAUAAGGCUUUGACAUCAGUAGUUAACUAUAGGGAGCCCAAGUCGAUCUGCAAAGCACCUGAGUUGCUGGCCAAGUACUGUGACAACUUGUUGAAGAAAUCAGCAAAAGGAAUGACAGAGAAUGAAGUAGAAGACAAACUUACAAGUUUCAUCACUGUUUUCAAAUACAUUGAUGACAAAGACGUAUUCCAAAAGUUCUAUGCCAGAAUGUUGGCAAAAAGAUUAAUUCAUGGUUUGUCUAUGUCUAUGGAUUCUGAAGAAGCCAUGAUUAAUAAACUAAAGCAAGCCUGUGGUUAUGAAUUUACCAGCAAGCUCCAUCGAAUGUACACAGACAUGAGUGUUAGUGCUGAUCUCAACAAUAAAUUCAACAACUUUAUCAAAAACCAGGACACAAUUAUAGAUCUGGGAAUUAGUUUUCAGAUAUAUGUUCUACAGGCUGGUGCUUGGCCUCUAACUCAGGCUCCUUCUUCUACAUUUGCAAUUCCUCAGGAACUGGAAAAAAGUGUACAGAUGUUUGAAUUAUUUUACAGUCAGCAUUUUAGUGGAAGGAAGCUUACUUGGUUACAUUAUCUUUGUACAGGUGAAGUCAAAAUGAAUUACCUGUGCAAACCUUAUGUAGCCAUGGUCACAACAUACCAAAUGGCAGUGUUGCUUGCCUUCAACAACAGUGAAACUGUCAGUUACAAGGAGCUUCAGGAUAGCACACAAAUGAAUGAGAAGGAACUGACAAAAACCAUCAAAUCCUUACUUGAUGUCAAAAUGAUCAACCAUGACUCAGACAAGGAAGACAUAGAGGCAGAGUCCACGUUCUCAUUAAAUAUGAGCUUCAGCAGUAAACGAACAAAAUUCAAAAUUACUACAUCCAUGCAGAAGGACACACCACAGGAGAUGGAACAGACCAGAAGUGCUGUAGAUGAAGACAGAAAAAUGUAUCUUCAAGCUGCUAUAGUCCGUAUCAUGAAAGCACGUAAAGUGUUACGGCAUAAUGCUCUUAUUCAGGAGGUAAUUAGCCAAUCAAGAGCUAGGUUUAACCCAAGUAUCAGCAUGAUUAAGAAGUGUAUUGAAGUUCUGAUAGACAAACAGUACAUAGAGCGAAGCCAGGCCUCUGCAGACGAGUACAGUUAUGUAGCAUGAUGUUGCUGUCCUGCAGGUAUGAUUGUAAGGAGAUCAUUGCUGUCACUGUUUGGUGUGUUCCUGUGGGAAGAGGCAGGCCUGUGCCUCCAUAAUUGGUCACUUGGCAGCCCCUGUUUUUCUGCUGUUUACAACAUCACCAGUGCCAUGUCAUGAGCGUCAAUGAAAAUGCCUAUAGAUAUUUCAAGCUCAUGUCAUUAUGACAUUUCUUAAAACUUUACUAAAAGAAUGAGUGAAGUAUUGCUGAAAUGUGGAUAAUUGGUUGGGUACCAUGCUUUUUUUUUUUUUUUUUUUGC